GUAUAAAACCAGACUCCUCUGAUAGGGAGUUUAGUAAAUUAACAGCCUUAACCCCUCACAGUGGGGCUCAGAAAUUCACGAUGAGGUGUUACUCGCUCCUGAUCGUUGUAGGGUGCUUUUUUGCCGUACCAUCUGAAAGUGGUCCUGUUAGUCUCUCACGUACGAAGAGGUCCUACCAUGAACCCGAAGGUUACUGGAGUAAGAAGCUCACUUGGAAAACAGAAUGGGUCAAAGUGUGGAAACAUGAAAAAAAGCUGAUUUGGAAACCUGACUGGAAAAAAAUUCAAGUUCCUAUCUGGAAGGAAAUCCAAGUACCCAUCUGGAAGGAAAUUCAAGUUCCUGACUGGAAAGUUAUCUCGAAACCAAUCUGGAAGGAGACCAAAGUGCCAGCAUGGAAAGAAAUCCAAGUUCCAGACUGGAAGGAAGUCCAAGUUCCAGCUUGGAAGGAGAUACAAGUUCCAGACUGGAAGGAGAUCCAAGUCCCAGAUUGGAAGGAGAUCCAGGUUCCAGCAUGGAAGCAGAUUUGGAAGCCAGUAUGGGUGGAAGUGAAAGUACCAGCCUGGAAAGAAAUCCAAAUACCUGAGUGGAAGCUGCAACACGUACCUGAAUGGGUCAAGGAAGGAAUUCAUGGAGAACACUAUUUGGGCAAAGAUCACCACGGCAACGAAUACACAGCACACGAUCUUUGGAAGAAGAAACUGAUAUGGAAACCCGUAUGGAAGAAAAUCUGGCGAACCGAGAAGAAACAGAUUUGGGUGCCGCAGAAAAAGAUGGAGUGGAAGUCUGAAUGGAAACAGAUCUGGAAGACCGAGAAGAAGCAAAUCUGGAGGACCGAAAAGAAGCAAAUCUGGAGGACUGAAAAGAAACAAAUUUGGAUCCCGAAAAAGGAACAGAUCUGGAGAACGGAGAAGAAAGAAAUCUGGAUUCCCAAGAAAGAACUGAUCUGGAAGCAAGAAAAAGUGCAAAUAUGGAGAACAGAGAAGGUACAGAAGUGGGUGACAGAGAAAAAGCAAAUUUGGAAAGAUGAAUGGAAACAAAUCUGGGUGCCCGUGUGGAAAACCAGAGAAGUGCCAGCGUGGAAGAAGAUUUCCAAACCCGUUUGGGAGAAAGUGUGGGUGAAGGUCCACCAUCACCACGGUUGGGACUGAACUGUGGAAAAAUAUGUUUCUGUAAAUAGCCUCUCUCUAUUCUCUACAGUACAAACUCUGUAUAUAUGACAGGUUCGCCAGUGUGUUAUCUCGUUAGGUUAAGGAUUUGUAAUUAUUGUUUGUUAUAUUUGUUUUAGUUGUAAAGCGAAUAAAAUUAAUUCUAAUA